UGUAUUCCAUUCCCGCUCGCGUUAUGGUCAGUCACUCCCGAACCAUCGUGUUAGUUCAUAGCAUGAAACGGAAACAGCGCAGAUACAGAACUACGUUCAACUCGCUUCAGCUGCAGGAACUGGAACGAGCUUUCCAGAGGACACAUUAUCCAGAUGUAUUCUUUCGGGAAGAGCUAGCCGUUAGAAUCGAUUUAACCGAAGCACGAGUUCAAGUGUGGUUUCAAAAUCGUCGCGCAAAAUGGAGGAAAAACGAAAAAGGGGUUGCAGAAGGCGAAGGUGAACAAAUGGUAAGCGAGGAGAACAAUGGAAGUACUCCAGGAAUAUCAACACGAUCAACAUCGGAGGAGUCUUCAACUGCACUCAGUUAUGAUAAUCCCUCACACAACAUUAACCUCGCUGCAAUGGGAUUGAAUCUCCAAGAUAAUAACUCGCAAGUCCACGGCUUCGAUAACGACGGAAAGCUUCCCUUGGGUCAACUGUCGCCUGGUAGAAUAUCACCGAACCUUUUCCUGAACCUUAAUUUCGAUCAGAUUAAUCCAGUCGAUGGACGAGGUGGAAAUUUGACCUUCGAAUGGAACUGCUUUCCCACCACCAGCACACAAAGUAGACAAAACUCCGCCUUUUCUUGUAACAUCACAGACAUGAAUGGCUCUAUCUGCAACCAAUCACAUGGAUCUACAAUUUCUCCCUCCGGUAGUGGUCUUCCAUCAUCUUCAAUAAAUACCGGUCUUCAGUACAUGAAUAUUAGCAGCUUAGCGAACUCUUCGCCACCUUCGUCGAGCUCCGUUUACGACGAUGAAAUGAAGUUCCUAAACGUUGAUCACUUCAAUAUGGAUAGUUUUAAAAACGAGUCUCUCUUCAGCAUUGACCACUCUUUGCUGGCAACCAGCGAUCAUCAUCAAUCCCAUAAUCAUAGUCAGCCGUCCCAAACAGACCACACUCUGGGCAUAAACUGCCAACAAGAGGGGAAGAAUCAUCUUGGCUUAGAACUUCACAAUUUCAACUUGAACGAUCCCACUGCUCACGAUGCGGACAAUGUGGACAAGUCACCUACCGAACUGCUGGACUUGGAGAAGCGCAUCAAUAUUAAUAUCAACGUGGAAAGUUUAGACCAAUUGGACGAUGAUAAGUUUUGAUGUCAUGAGUGUUAAUGUUUAAUUUGAUUUCUAGUUGUUUUAAUUUAGUUGAACCAUUUCGAUUAGGAAGCUGUGAUUUGGCAAUACUUCUAAUUGGUCGAUUGAAGAGUGCCUUCAAAAACUAGUUCUUCGAAGCACGUGAAACCUAGUCAUUGUAGUGAGAAAAUAGUUACCAACGUGCAAACCUUAGUGCCAGAAUCCGUUGAAAAUUGUUUACCAAAGAAAACCGAAAAAUCAAUAGUUUUUCCCGUUAACCAGUGUUCAAUCUAGCAUGAGUGGACGACAUCGUCAUAGCAAGUAGAAGUUAAUGUUUUGCUUUUGCUGAGAAUAAAGUUCGAGGAA